UGUGAGUCCACCGAUCUGGGAAUAGAUAUAUGAUUCUACUUCCCACCCUCUCCUUCCCGUUACUUGCUUCUUCUCACCAGUAUUCAAAUCAACAACAGGAAUCAAAUUAAACAACGAUCCAAUAAGUCAACCAAUCUAUACCCUUGACCAUCAGAUUUCUCCAAGGCUGAGCCUAAACUCCACCAACAAGACACCAAGGAACCAGAGAGCUGGAAGAAAAAGCAAAGACGUUCAGGAACACAUCAAGAUUAUCGGGAACACAGACCAGAUCCACGAGACAAGGGGGAACACUUAGGAAAGAUAUAUCACCACUCGUCUUCCCGCCAUCUUCGGAAAUCUUAAACAUCAACAACUUGAAGAAUCAUCCCUUCGAUCACCAUCAACAAACAAACAACACAUCUUAUCCCUGUGAACCAACCGCGGCGCUGGAGUUACACACACAUCACCAACAUAUAAUACCACCAUCCACCUCUCAUCAUCUUCGCUAUCCACCACCAUCCACAAUGCAACACGAUUCAGCCAUGCACUCCAACGACGGCUUUAAGGUCUUCCUCAACAAGGUGAUCCGCCGCAACCGGAAGGAGGUCAAGCAGCGCGGCUCCGAGAUCUCUGCUCCCUUCAACUUCCAAAAAUGCAACCUCGACCUCGCUGGCAUCAGCGCAGAUGAAAUUGCCAUGCUCAAGGAACAAGCAGUCGCCAGCCGCAUCGGCAUCGCCGACUUCGACUCCGACUUCCCUGCCCGCCCUCUCUUCUCCAUCCAGCCCGUUCUGUCCAGCGCCUCCAUCUCCACCGUCGGCAGCUCCUACCGAUAGAUGGUUACAGUCCUCACACAACUACUUCUCAACUCUCAACCUCUCAUUUGUCGAACAACAUUACUAUCAACUACUACUACAACAUCACUACACCACACUACUACCACCACUACACCCUAAUGAGAGCUGGACCUAAUGGAGCUGCAACCGGAACCACCCAGGCUGGUGCGGAGGAAGAUCUUUUGAGCGACUUUUUUUUCUUGUCUUUGAUUACUAGCGACUGCAUGGUACUACGAUACCUGGGAUGAACAUUCUUAGCAAGCGAUGGCGUUUUAUGGAUGGGAAUACUCAUGGCGAUGACAUGAAUGUCAUACGCACAUUGGAGACAGAGAGAGAGCUGCUUUUAUUUGGAGAAGAACGAUACCACUAGGUACGCGAGGGAGGCCAUAGGCCGAGGGAUGAGAUACUAGGAGAGAGGAGGAAGAUGUCGAGACUGAAGUCCGACCCUGAGAAAUAAAAACAAUCAUAUCAAAUAAACUUCUGC